AUGUCGUUCCUGUUUGGCAAGAAGAGCAAGCAGCAGCAGCAGCAGGGCAAUGCGCUGCCGCCGGCCACCAGAGACAUCACCUCGUCGCAUGGCCGCGAAGGCCCCCAGCCUGCCUCGCUCAAUGGUCCCCUUGGCGGAAAGGACAACAGCCGCCCCGGCCCACAGCCGCCGACGGCCACGUCGACGCCGAGCGGGAGUGUGAACAACUCGCUAAGCUCGCUGCAGGGCCGUGAUGGCCUGGGUGUGGUUGCGCCCGAGCCCAAGGCGUUGCGCGAAAGAGCAGGGUCCAACGAACAGCACGCCAGACCGCAAGGCGGUCCCUCGCAGGACUCGCCCUAUCCGUGGUCCUCUCGCCGUCUGAACUUCACCGCCGGCAAUCCGUUCCCGCGCUAUGGCGCUGCCAUCAACUCGGUCGCUUCCAAAGACGGCAUCGUCUACAUCAUGGGAGGCCUCGUUGGCGGCUCAACGGUCAAGGGCGACCUCUGGCUGACGGAGAUGGGCAACGGGAGCUUGUCCUGCUACCCCAUCUCCACCACGGGAGACGGCCCUGGGCCUCGCGUGGGACACGCCAGUCUGCUGGUUGGCAACGCCUUUAUCGUUUUUGGCGGCGACACGAAAUUGGCAGACAACGACGACCUGGAUGAUACCCUGUACCUUUUGAAUACCUCAACAAAGCACUGGUCGCGCGCUUUGCCCCAAGGCCCCCGCCCCACGGGACGUUACGGCCAUACACUGAACAUUCUGGGCUCCAAGAUAUACAUCUUCGGUGGCCAAGUGGAAGGCUUCUUCUUCAAUGAUCUCGUGGCCUUUGAUCUCAACUCGCUCCAGUCCUCGGCUAGCCGCUGGGAAGUCCUUCUGACCAACACAAAGGACCAGGCUUCUCCUCAGGGCCGCUCGCCUCCCCCACGUACGAAUCAUUCGGUGGUGACUUGGCAGGACAAGCUGUACCUCUUUGGUGGUACAGAUGGUGUCAUCUGGUUCAACGACGUAUGGACAUACGAUCCUCGCUCCAACUCUUGGACAGAACUCGACUGCAUUGGCUACAUCCCCGUCGCCCGAGAGGGGCACUCGGCGGCCCUCGUAAACGACACCAUGUACAUAUUCGGUGGUCGCACACAGGAGGGCGUCGACCUGGGGGACCUUGCAGCCUUCCGCAUCUCGUCUCGCCGUUGGUACAUGUUCCAGAACAUGGGCCACUCGCCUUCUGCUCGCUCUGGUCACAGCAUGACGGCGUUUGGGAAGCACAUUGUGACCCUUGCAGGCGAGCCGAGCUCGUCUGUCGCCGACAGAAACGAGUUGAGCAUGGCUUACAUCCUGGACACAUCCAAAAUCAGAUACCCCCCCAACGAGAGUGCGGCUCCCCAGCAAGCCAUCAACACGCCUCGAAAACUGAGUGGCGGCGAACGCAGCAAUAUCCCUCAUGGCCGGAACGGUCCGCCACCGAACCGCGAGAGCAUGCUGCCUGGACCUCAACAGCGAAUAGGCCCUGACAUGUCGAACGGCAUAGCGCCAAACGGAAUGGGACCAGGUGGGUCGAGGCUUCCCCGUGCAGCUGGGCAGGCGCCUUCCGGACCUCCACCCCUCCAGCAACCACCUCAACCAAGGAUGAAUGGCGCUAACUCCCAAGGGGUCCCAGCUUCCAGGAGUAAAACACCGACCAAAAUAGAGCGCGGUUUCGGUUCUGCUGCUGAUACUGAGGCGCCGUCUUCAGUCGACAGGGAGAACUUUUCGCCAAUCCCCAGGGACAGCCCAGCAGAGCUCCAACGCAAGGGCUCUGAUGCCAUCAGCCAGCGGACGCCAAAAGAGUCCAUGGACACCACACGUUCUGGAAGCCUUGCCUCGAGGAACGCAUCGAGAUCGCAGUCUCACAGGCAGCAGCCGUCUCACGACACGAUAGCUAGCAUCGAACAAGAGACACCCAGGCGAUCGCUCGAGACGCCGCAACAGCGCGCUCACAGCCGGGAGGCCGACAGCCGACACGUCGAUAGCGGCCUCGGCGCUUCGCCUGCGGUAGCCCACGUCAACGACGACGUGGUUCGAGAGCUCGAUGUCGCAAAAAGCCGCAACGCAUGGUAUGCUUCUGAGCUUGCCCUAGCCCGCAAAGCUGGCUACAAUCCUGCCACUUCAACGAGCCCAAUGUUCGACGAGCGCUCCGCCGACAGCUUCCAGGACGAGGACCGACCACUGUUGGAAGCCCUGCUUAAGAUGAAGGCGGAGGUCGACCGUGUACAGACUUCGAUCAAGACGCAAGGCGCGGACGCGGCGAAGCGCAUUGCGGAGGUCGAGCGCCAACGAGACGCUGCCAUCAGUGAGGCCAUCUAUGCAAAGACAAAACUGGCGGCGCAUGGCGGAGGCAGCCAGGCGGGCACUCCUCAGCCCGAUGGCUCUCGCAACACGGAAACCCCCGAUCUCGAUCGCAUAAACGACAUCAGUCGACGUCUGGCCGCAUCUUUGGCCGCGCAGGCAGAGCUGACCACAAAGGUCGAGAAGCUGAGCCAUGAGGUCGAAGCCGAGAAGAGGGCCAAGCAGCUGGCGGAUGAGACUGCAGAAGCCGCGCAAGCCCGUGUCCAAGAGCUAGACUCCACUCGACAAAAGACGGCCGCCGAAUGCGAGGGUCUGCGAGCUGAGCUGCACGAGGCGCAGCGUGUGGCAAGAGAGGUGUCUGCUAGCGCUGCGGAGGCUGAGACUUCCUCUCGCCUGCUCGCUGUUGACAAGGACGAGCUGAGCGCCAAGGUCACCCAUUUCACCACGCAGUCGACGAGCCAUGCCGCUGUGCUCCAGACGUUGCGCGAAGCUGUUGCUGCAUCUUCAGAAAAGUCCAGUCUGCUGGAGAGGCAGCUCGAAGAAGAGCGCAGCCAGAGCGAAGGCAUUCGCCAAAAGCUCAGCCAACUUCGUGCCGAGCACGAGGCCCGUACUGCGGAGCUCGAGACUGCUUCUCAGAAGCUGCGCAGUGCUGAAGAAUUGGCCGAGACGCAUGCAAGAGAAGCACGUCUUCACCAGGCAGCCGUGCUUUCUGGCCUAGGAAGUAUCGCUGCGCAUGCUCCUGCCAACGACAACGCCGCGAACGAGCGCGUUGCCAUACUUCAAAAGCAAGUCGAAGCGGCAAACGCCAUGGCGCGGAAGAACCAGGCGGCUGCCGACCAGGCUUCAGAGAAGUUGCGUCGCGCUGAGGAGAGGAUCGCCGGUCUGGAGGCCUACCAGGAGCAGUCUAGUCGUGAGGGUCUGACGAUCCGCAAACAGCUGCAACAGGCAAUGAGGGACGUGCAAGCCUCCGAAGCCGAGAAGGCUGAGCUCCACCAACAGCAUGAGCGUCUGCGCUUGGAGAGCAACGCUUUUGAGGUCCAACUCAAGACUCUCAAAAAUCUUCUCGAGGAGCGAGGAGUCAAUCCUGUUGACCACCGUCGCUCCAGGGUGCUGGAUAGCCCCAGCUCUCGAUUCGGCACUCCGGAACUGAACCGCGUCAGGGAGCUUGAGCAGCAGAUCGAUUCGAUGAACAAGGUUCACGAGGAGUUGCGCGCAUCCUUUGAAGCGCGUGAACACGAUGUCAGCAAAGACUGGGAAGAGAAGCUGCAGGCUCUGCACAACGACCACCAGGCGGCUGUCAAGUACCUGCGAGGCACAGAGAAGAUGCUUGCAAAGAUGAAGCAAGAGCUCGAUAGGUACAAGAACACGAACACAAAGCUUGAGGAGGAGCUCAAGCAAGCCACGUCGGCCUCACGAAGCCCGACUAAGGAGCAGACUGCGGAGUGGGAGGUGGAGAGAACGUCGCUGCGCAGUGAGCUUUCAAACGUCCAGGAGAACAUGAAGACGAAUGUCAGUCGUCUUGAGAGCCAGCUAGCCACGCUGCAGUCCGAUCUCGCCGCAGCCCGGCAGGAAGCUGAAGUAGCAGCAAGCAAGACCAGAGAGGCCGAGUCCUCUGCUACUCAGUCUCGCGCCGACCUGGACGCACUGCGCCAGCAGUACACUGCAGUUGAGGAGCGUGCCCGUGAGGCCGAGACGCGUGUACAGACGUUCCUCGACCAAUUCGAGAAUUCCGUCGACAGCUACCGCCGACAGUCGCAGGUUCCGGGCGGCAGCAGCAACGGCGACAUUGCACGUCAUCGGACACACGACAGCAUCGCGUCCGCCGACUCUCUCUACAGCCACAACGAAGGCUCAAGCACUCCGGAAGCCGCCAACAACCGUCCAGCGUCCACCGCUACCCGCAACUCCAUGGCACUGGACAAUCUCGCCUCAGAGCUCGACGCUCUUCGCAGUCACUGGGAGACUACGAACAAGGCUUACCGCCUCAGCGAUCGUUUCGACUUUGAGCACACGCCCGCGAAGGGCCAGCACGACACUAAUGAGGGCAUUUCGCAAUGGCGCGACUCGGUCGACUCGGAGAUCUCCGUGCAGGAAAUCGCGCCCAAGACGCCGGCGCAAGCGCAGGCUCCGACAGCCCCAGCGACGAACGGGCCGCCCGCCGGCAUGCUUUGA